AUGGACACCCUGGCGCUGGGCCGGUGGCGUCGGCGGAGGCCGGAGGAGCUGCAGGUUCCGGGGGACGCGAAGCGGGUGUGCCGGAGCCGGAGCUGCGAGGCGGCUGCGCCGGAGCGGGGCUGGCCCCCGGUGAAGGCCGGCGCCCCGGGGUCCUGGGGCGGCCGGGAGCUGGAGGCGCCGCCCGGAGGCCGCCCCCCUGCGCCCAGGCCGGCCGGCGGCCAGGGGCCACCGAGUGUGCGGGUCCCUCCGCCCGGUGGAAGGAGCGCCGCGCAGCCCUGCCUGCGAUGUGUCGCCGGAGAGUCUGGCCACUUUAACCACGCCGGGCCUCGCUAG